UCCUGAGCUGCCACUCAGUUGGAACAGAAACACCUCCUAAACGAGGAGGUUUUAUACUUUUUCUACAAGAGGUCUUCUCCUGUGCUCGCACUCAGACUAGCUCAGACCAGAGAGGGGAUCUUGAGCUAUGGUGGUUUGUUGAACGUUGUGGCAUUGAUCAAGUUAGAGCGGGAGGGAUCAUAGAGACCUCAGUGAGAACUAUCUGGGAGAAGUUUAUCUUGGUGUUGCAGAUUCCUCAGUGGUUCAGGAAAAUAUGGCUACUCUGUGAACUGAAGACCGCACCGCUGUAGGAGAUGAACAUUAUCAGGCGUCUCUCCUGGUUUUCUGGAUAAAUCUGAGUCUAUAUUUCUGAGCCAGUAUGGGGGACUGGAAUUUGUUGGGGAAGCUCCUGGAGAGCGCCCAGGAACACUCCACCGUUGUGGGCAAAGUCUGGCUUACAGUGCUGUUCAUCUUCCGCAUCCUGGUGCUGGGAACUGCCGCUGAGAAGGUGUGGGGCGACGAGCAAUCUGGCUUCACGUGUGACACCAAGCAGCCCGGUUGUCAGAACGUCUGCUAUGACAAGACCUUCCCCAUUUCUCACAUCCGCUUCUGGGUGAUGCAGAUCAUCUUCGUGUCCACACCAACUCUCAUUUAUCUGGGCCACAUCCUUCAUCUGGUUCGUAUGGAGGAGAAGGAGAAACAGAAAGAGAAGGACCUCGCCAUCCAGAUUGAAAAACAGCAGCAGUUACUUGGCAACAAGGCCAAGAAGGCUCCAAUUAAAGACAACCAAGGCCAUGUGCGUUUGCAAGGCACGCUGCUGCGAACCUACGUCUUCAACAUUGUUUUCAAGACCCUGUUUGAGGUGGCCUUUAUUGUAGCUCAGUACUUCCUGUAUGGUUUUGAGCUCAAGGCAAUGUACACCUGCGACCGCUGGCCUUGCCCUAAUAUGGUGAAUUGCUACAUCUCUAGACCCACUGAGAAGACGAUCUUCAUCCUCUUCAUGCUGGCCGUGGCCUGCAUCUCCCUGCUGCUAAACCUGGUGGAAAUGUACCAUCUAGGUUUCACAAAGUGCCACCAGGGCCUUCGUUACAGACGAUCAAAGGCUGCAAGAGAAGCUCAAAAGGAACUAACUGAGGGGGUCAUGCCCUUUGUACCAAGCUAUAACUACUUCUCAGGUCAUCCCGCAGUGCCUGAACCUUUCCCAACGGACGCAAAGUACAGCAUGGCAGAGCCGAACUCUGCUUACAGCCCCUACAACAGCAAAGUGGUUUACAAGCAGAACAGAGACAAUAUGGCCGUGGAGAGAAAAGGAAAAGCAGAGGGAGAUGAUGUGAAGGAGAGGAAAAUCUCUAGUCCUGCCUUGGAGAUGCCCGUUGAAAAUCAACGCCGAAACAGUCAGUCAAGCAAGCACAGCAACAACAAGAGCAGGCUGGACGACCUGAAGAUCUAGGGACCUACUUUGUUCUUAAACAAGACUCAGGAACUGCAUGCAUUAACCUGUGAAAAUAUGGAAGACUGUUAGGGACAAAACUAUUGAGAGAACACAAAACAGAUUAUAGCUGUGAUCAAGAUUGCAGGAACAGAUUUGUAAAUGUAGAAGUACUGAGUGCAGCUCACAGAGGUCAUUACAAACCAGCUUUGAAAGGACAUGCACAUAAAUGGCUCCUAUAGUCAUAUAUAUAUAUAUAUAUAUAAGCAAGUAACAUGCCAUGAACAUGCCACAAAUUUUAUUCUGUUCUCACUAUGAGUUUGCAUGUGGCAGAUACAUUUGAAACCAAUAAGCAACUUCUCACUCAAAUCAUAUUUUAAAAAAGGUCUAGUGUGUCAGAUUUAGGGGCCUCUAUCACAAACACCUGCUCCCGGCAUUUUUUUUUUUUGGGGGAUGUUUCUCCUUCACACCACCAACUGGAAGGUGAGUGGAGACAAUCCGCAGCUACACCACUAGAUGUUACUAAAUCUUGCACACUGGUCCUUGAAGUCUUAAUCACGGUGUCACGUUGUCAUUUGUUUGCACUCACAGAAAUAUACUGUAAAAAUCUGUUUCUGUAUUUUCAAAAAAGUGUUUUGCUCAACUCUCAAUAGUUUUGACAUGAAUGAACUUUGCAUAUUUGUGGGUGACAGGGAUGCAGAUAACUUGAAGACAACUUGUAGAUUAUUUUGUUUACAAGCAAUUUACUUAAUUCAACUCAAUACUCAGUAACUGUUGUUAGUGCAGUGUCAAUGUGUGAAAUGUUAAAAGUUAUUGUUGUAUUGCUGUAAAUGUGGAGUUUGAUACUCUAGAAGGACACAACUAAAUACGGUAAACUAUACAUUUUAGAGCCAUAUAGUUUACCAUGAAUGAUUUCUCAAAUGCUAGACUUUUACAAAACAUUUGCUUUUCUUAAUAAGGGCAGUAAAUGUCAUGUUUUGUUGUCUACAAAAAGUCAAACAUCUUAUUAUAUACUCGCUUAUCUGUGACUGUUAUUUGAUUAAACUGGUGUGCAGCAAAGAGGUGUUCUGUCAAUGUUUUUGAAGUCAUAUAUCAGACGUACUAAGUACUGCUGGAGGCAAGUUGCUGAUGGUCUGAUGUAAAUAAGAACUGCAGCCAUAAAAAUUUAUGAUGUAUUCCCACACCUCUGCAAAUGUCACCGUUUCAGAGCCAGACGAUGUUCCCAUAAGCCUCUUGAUGCCAGAUGUUCAAGUGUUGAUCACAGCAUUAAUUCACCAAAUGUGAAUUUAAAGUGACACAUAGAUUUUAAAUAUUUUGAUCAGCACAGCUUCACUGUGGCCUCAUUAUCAACGUUUAAAUCAUUUAAUUGGAUGUAGACUUUUAAAAAAUCCAAUCACCUCCAACUCAAGUUUUAGCUAUCACUAUCAUGAGCUACAUGGGGAGAAAUUUUAGAUUUAAUCACAAAUCAAAAAAAAUCUCUACUUUAUUAAUCCAUGAAUCGAUCCAGAUUCAUUUAACUGGAUCCAAAUGAUUCAAGAUUUAAAUCAUUUGGAUCCAGUUGCUCAUGAACAUUAAGAGUCAUCUCAGCAGUGUUUAACAAAAUUAAAGGACUUGGAUCGAGGCCAAACAAACAUUAUCACGACAUCCCGAGAAGAACUGAUGAUAUUUAAAUAAAUACUCAAUAAAAGUUUCAACCUGGACCCUGAUGAGUCGACAUUAGCCUCCUGUGGACUUUCAUCCCUGGUCAAGUGUUGUGCCAUUUAAUUGUUCUAUCAUGUUUAAAUCAUGCAAUUAUCUUUAAAUACAACACAAAUAUACUAUAUGACAAGAAGACAGGACAAAACUAUAUACACAGUGGGUGUAUGCCGUAUUUUUUUGUUCAUCAAAGGAUGAGACUUAUCUUACAUAUUUAACUCAACGAGAAAAAGUCCAGUAGUAUUUGCACAUUGUCACUCAAGAGAUUUACAAUAAAUACUGAUCUACAGAUGGUGAGACAACUACAUAAUUAUACAUUUUGACUGAAUCCUCUCAUGAACAUUGGACAGCCAUGUCAUGCCUUUAUCAUCUUCAGAAAAGAGAUCCAUAUCAGAGAGGAUAUAGAUGAGGGGAUGCCCAAUGUUGACUGAAAAAUAAGUAAUACUCCUGUGUAUACCCUUUACUACACCACCAUGGUUCAUAUCACACAAAGACAUUUUAAUAGUGUGUGAUUUUUAUUUUAAUCUGUUGCCUGUGUAGUUUCUCUGUAGUCCAUUUGCAUUUGUGAGUGUAAUGUUUUUUCCAUAUCAAAUAAAGUAUUUGUCAGAUUAAAACACAGUUGAC